UAUACUGAAAGCAGAGAGAGAGAGAGAGAGAGAGAGAGAGAGAGAGAGAGAGAGAGAUGGAUAGAAGAAUAGUUAGCUGCAGGUGGUGUGGGAUUCCAUCUCUCAUCCCACUUUCAGCACAAUUCCUACACUGUCCAACCUGUCAACAAGUAACACAUUUAACCGGCCAACCAGGGUACACAGCAGCUUACUGUAGACCUUACAACCAGUGGAACAUGGCCACACCUCAAUUAAUCCAGCCACAGUAUGGACGUAAACGAGCCCUGUUGUGCGGCAUUACCUACAAAGGCCACAACAGAAGCCUUAGAGGCAGUGUGAACGAUGUCUUGUACAUGAAAAACCUCUUGCUCCACACCUUCAAUUUCCCACCCUCCUCUAUUCUUGUUCUCACAGAAGAAGAGAAACAUCCUUCUUUUAUCCCGACAAAGAAGAAUAUACGGGCCGCCAUGCAGUGGCUUGUCCAGGGCUGCCAAUCAGGGGACUCAUUGGUGUUCCACUAUUCGGGCCACGCUUCACAAGUGAGGGACAGAGACUGGGACGAGGUCGAUGGGUUUGACGAGUCGUUGCUUCCAGUUGACUACGAGACUGAGGGAAGGAUUUUGGACGACGAGAUUAAUGCAACAAUAGUGAGGCCACUGCCGAGAGGGGCCACACUUCAUUCCAUAGUCGACACGUGCUUUUCCGGCACGCUAAUGGAUCUCCCCAAUAUCUGCAGGAUGAACAGGGAUGGAUAUUAUAAAUGGGAGGAUCACCGUACUCUGCAUGCAUACAAAGGAACGAGCGGAGGUUAUGCAAUCUGUAUCAGUGCAUGUGAUGAUCAUCAGAACUCAGGGGACACUACAGCCUUUACAGGUGCUCAUGUGGGUGCACUAACUUAUAGCUUUUACCGAACUUUGAGAGAGCAACCUCGAUUAACUUACGCUCAGCUACUUAGUAUGAUGCACAAGAAGAUAGAUGCUGCACGACAACAAGUUGGCUUAACUAGUAACGAGCCCCACAAAUCCCAGGAGCCGCUACUUUCAUCUUCUUACAAGUUUGACAUUCACUCAAAGGCAAUCACUUUAUAAAGAGAUCAGCUGUUAUCUUCAAGCUUGAUUAGCUACUGCAAAUAAAAAAAAACCAAAGACUAAUUACUGCUUGACCAAUUUUCAUUUCACAUGAAUUGCUCUAUUAUGUUUGCAAAUGUUGUGUUGAGUAGAAGUUCAAUGUUCAAUAUAAUAAUAAUAAAAAAAAAUAAAUAAAUAAAAACAGGGAUUGUCAUUGUGAUAAAUUUCUUGAAUGCUUGUCCGUUGAUUGAACUUGCCGAGCUUUUGUAAUGAAUGUGCAUAAUGUAUAGCGGCAAAUGAAAUUUGAAUAGCCAUGUUGUGUAGCUCAAGUGAGACAUUCAUCCAAUAUAUGGUUGUUGUAUUGAUUUGUUGGGGUUUGAUCCAUCGCCCGUCUCGUGUGAUGCACGAGACCACAAUUAUAAGUUGUAUGAAUUAG